AUGACAAUUUUACAAGGAAGCAAUGAGUCAGACACUUUGGAUUUGAGCAAUCCUAAAGUUCUUCUUUGUGUAAGGGAAACAUUUGUGCUCUUCCUAGAGCUAGGGUAUGCUCGGUUCUCCUGCUAUGGACAUGGAGAAUUUGCCCAUGAAUGUAAGCUCACUUCUGCUAUGGACGUGAAGAGCAAGCCUGUGAGUCUUUCAGUAGUUAAUAGCCUUGAAGUUGGCAUCCGUCUAACUCCAACCCUGGACCCUUCUUCGCAAAAGACGACCCCGCUCCGGGUACCUCGGACCUCAGGGUUCAGGAGGGCUGACUUAGGAUUCGGCCGAAGUUGCUAUGGAGCCUUCCGAUCACCGUGUUCAUCUCCCAGUUUGGAAGAGGAUGAUGAGAUUAGUGAGGAAACUUUGAACUCUGACAUUCAGAAACUGAAGGAGAAAAAGGAGAUGCUGGACAAGGAGAUUUCCCAGUUAGUAAAAGAAGGCUACCGUGUGGGUGAGCUAGAGGGCCACAUCUCUCUUCUCCAUGAGUACAAUGACAUCAAGGAUGUGGCACAGAUGCUGCUGGGAAAGCUGGCUCUGACCCGAGGUGUCACCAUCAAGGAGUUAUAUCCAGAUUUUGGUCUAGACCUGAGUGACUGAGCAGAGUCUUGGAGACAAUGGGACAAGUGGAUGGAGAACAUGAAAAGC